AUAACAUUGACAUCACUUCACACCGAUAAGACGAAUAUGAAAGUCUGGUAUACAAUCGCAGUUAUUUCGUCAUUGCUGAGUCAAAAAACAGCUUAUGGCAUAGUAUGCCUCAGAUGUGACGGUGUCCCGCAGCCGAGAUUCUGCAAUCAAGUCGUGGAAUGUUAUGAUAAUGAGUUAUGUGGAGUUGAGAAGGUGACAAAUAACUUUGGAGAACAUGUCUUCAAUCUUGGCUGUCUGUCGAAAAAGGUCUGCAGCAAUUUUACUCUCGGACAACACCUGUCUUCAAGCCAGACAUGUGGAGAAUGUUGUGGAACUACAGAUCUGUGUAAUUCAAAAGGCUGCGGAGAACCAGGCUAUCCGAGCGAGAGGGGACCUGUCUGUUAUAACUGCCCAAUAUAUACAGAAGGGGGCCGAUGUCACGAUAUUGAGUUUUGCUCUGAUACCGAGGUAUGCAGCAUUGUUGGAAAACCCCGGUUCUCAAGCGUCAUGUACACUAGUAAAUGUGUUUCAAAACAUGAUUGUAAGACUGCAAAUGAAACCCACGUCGCCAUAAUCGGAAAGCGAGACAUGGUUCAUUCAAAGAGAACACACGAGCUUCAUGUGUGUGACACUUGUUGUGGCAGUGACCUAUGCAAUCGAGAUUGUAAUUCCGUCCUAAUGAUAAUUGAUCACUGUAACCCCAAUCCAUGCGUAAAUGGACAUUGUGAAACGAAAGGAGGAAACUUUGUUUGCACGUGUAUCCCUGGCUUUUCUGGUAUUCGCUGCGACUUUGCUACUGCACGCGACUGUUCUGACCUGUAUCACAAAUUCGAUGUAAGAGAUGAUGGAAUAUUUAAUAUUACUACAUGGAACUCUCAUGAAAAUGUCCAGGUAUUCUGCGAUAUGACAACUGCUGGAGGCGGCUGGACGGUCUUUCAAAAUCGUUUUGAUGGAUCUUUGAACUUCCAAAAGUCUUUUAAUCAGUAUGAAAGUGGUUUCGGAAACUUACACGGAGAGUUUUGGUUAGGUUUGAAAUACAUACACGAAAUGACCUCACAGCGUCAAUCCGAACUUCGGAUUGACUUGACAACUCCUGGAGGAAAAACGGCGUUUGAAAAUUUCCAGAAUUUUUCGGUGUCAGCUGGACCGAAUUACACUCUUCACAUCUUAAGAGGCACGGGCACGGCAGGAGAUUCGGAUGAUGGUGGAUUAUCAUAUCAUAACAAUAUGCACUUCUCUACCUUUGAUCACGACAAUGACAGGUCCCACUAUAACUGCGCAGCAGCAAGUAGCAAUCCAGGCGGAUGGUGGUUUUAUUCGUGUUUCAAUGCUGACUUAAAUGGAAACAAUUUAACCUUUUCUUAUUCCGAUUUUGCUCGUGUGUUAAAAGCAAGUAAAAUGAUGUUUAGAAAGGUAUGAUGCCAGCAAAUAUCACUGUUCAUAUCUAGGUGUCAUUUGAUGCCUUUGUCUAUAAUUACUUACUGUAUGUGAAUGGCAUGCAAUUAAAUAAAACAUUCAAACAA